AUGUACGAAGAAGAUUUUGAAGGAGGUGAUGCAGGAGCUUCACAUACUGUCCCAGUCCAGGCUGGAGCUAUUAAAAAAAACUCUUUUGUUAUGAUCAAAGGACACCCUUGCAAGGUUGUGGAAUACUCAACCUCAAAAACAGGAAAACAUGGUCAUGCUAAAGCAAACAUAACAGGCAUUGAUAUCUUCACAGGUAAAAAAUAUGAAGAUAUAUGUCCUACUUCACAUAACAUGGAUGUUCCUCACGUCAAGAGGACUGAAAUCCAGCUCAUCGGAAUUGAGGAUGACGGAUUCGUCACACUCUUGAACCAAGACGGCUCCUGCAAAACAGACCUUCAGCUUACCAAGGAUUCUGAGGGGAAUUAUGACGAGGUCGCAAAGCAAAUCCAGACACUGUACGAAUCCGGAAAGGAAGUCCUAGUAACAGUACUUUCAGCCUGCGGACAGGAAAAAAUUGUAGGAUGUAAAGAAUUAACUUAA